AUGACAUUGCCUGGAAUUGGAGUGUUCGGUACAGGGAGCAUUGUCAGAAUAAUCAUUCCCUUUUUAAGAGAGAAAGGCUUCAGAAUUGAAGCUAUAUGGGGACGCACACUGGCAGAAGUGUCAGAGGUUGCAACUGAUCUUGAGAUACCGUUUCAUACCAGUCGAAUUGAUGACGUACUUCUUAGGAAGGAUGUUGAUUUGAUAUUCAUCAUGUGUUCUCCGAGCUUGCAUGCGCAGAUUGCAGUGAAAGCAUUAGGAAUAGGAAAGCACGUUGUGUGUGACAAACCAGCUGGUCUGAGUCAAAGUGAAGCUCUAAAAAUGGUGCGUGCUGCACAGUACUAUCCUUCCUUAAUCAGCAUUGUUAAUCAUAGUUUAAGAUUUUUGCCAGCAUUUGUUCACAUGAAGAAAGCCUUGGAAGAAGGGUACUUAAAUGGUCCUGUAAAUGUAAUAGAAGUUAGAGUACAUAUGGGCAGUUUAUUGCACAAUGGAUAUGAUUGGUUAUGUGACGACACGAUGGGAGGAGGAAUUUUAGCUCUAGUUGGAAGUCAUGUGAUCGAUUUGAUCUUUCACUUAAUUGGCCAACGUGCCUCGAGAGUACAUGCCGUGGUACGAACUUUCAUGCAAACUACAAAACAUAUAAACGGAAUUAGGCACGUCACGUCGCCAGAUUUCUGCAGUUUUCAAAUGGAAUUAAGCGGUGGCACAUUAGUGACAGCAACAUUGAGUAACCACUUACAGGGUCAAUUAUCUCAGGAAGUAUUGAUAUGUGGAGGUGGUAAUCAUCUUCUGGUACGUGGUGGAGAUUUGCAUGGUUGUCAUAACGGACAAGAAGAGAUGUUAUAUCACGAUACAGAUGAUUUGCAAGAUAUAUCAUUUCCGAUUGCUGAUUCUAUACCAAGACCGUAUAUUAAAGGAUUAAGGAAAAUGAUCGCUGCAUUAAGAGAAGCUUUUCAAUCUGUUGAAGAUAAGAAAGGUUGGAUAAAAGAACCGGUGUUCUCUGCAUCAUCAUUCGAGGAUGGUUUAUAUGUACAAGCAGUUAUUGAUGCGUUGCGACAAAGCAACAAACGACGAGAAUGGGUAAAAGUUAAUAUCCUGACAGAAGAACCAGAUCCGAAUCCUUUGUUAAGCGCAGCUGUUAGAGCUACAGCUAUAUCAAUAUAA